AUGCCUCCAGAAACACCUCGAUCCAACGCCAAAACUGGGUAUUCUUUAACCCCGUCGUUCACAUUCAAUUUGGGUCUUCUGCCUUCUUUCCGAUUUGGCUCCCCUCAAAACCUUUCUCUUUUAACCUCGCUAUCGCCGCAUCGGAUCCUAAAUCGCUUUUCCCGCUCCAAAGAUGUGAAUGGACCAACUUCGAAUACGACAGAGCUGCAAUCAGAAGCAGCUCCUCCUGUGAAAGAGGUGGUUCCUUCCAUCGAAUUACCGAAGCAAACAAAACUCAUGGACAGCUUUCCUGAGCCAUAUAUGGAGCUGAAUGCAUCAGAUCUGGUUUGCACCGCCGAGUCUGUUGAUUUGUGGUCGCUCGCUAACGAUACUCGCAACUCUGCAAAUAUCACAUCCAUCCAUGAAGAUUCUACUAAAGAAGACUUUUACUUUUCUCCUGCGGAAUUUUUUGUCGAUAGCGCUAUAAAUCUCAAUUCCUCACCGUCUAUUGAAGAAAAAUCGACCGAGACUCCAACACGAAAGCGCGCCUCAUCUUGUGUUGAUCGAUCUCCUUGCCAAUUGCUUGCCUCUCAGAUCGAUAAUUCGGGUUCUCCUAUAACCCCUAGCGCCAAAAAAACCGAUUCCUCAAAAGUGUGGACUCCUGGGUUGGACGACGUAUUACUCCAAUGUCACGACAAGUACAAAAGGUUUCGUGCUAAUAACUCUCCUGAUGCUCUAGUCUUUCGCCACACGUCGCAAAACAAGAUUCUUUCUAGGAUGUUGUUUAAUCGGACUGGAGCAAAACGUACGGCAAAGCAGAUUUCUUCGCGUUUGUUUCGAUUAAAUAAGAGUCAGCCGUCUAAAACGUCGUCUAGUCCUUCAGUGUCGGUGUCUUCCCAACCCCCAAUGGAAAAACCAAGUAUCAUGGUAUCAUCUCCUGUUACUCAGACAAUUGAAGGCAGUAGCCCGACAACCAACCUUUGUGUUAAAGACUUUGUGUUGGCAUUCAAUUACAAGCAACGUCUUGAGAAAACUCAUAUCUUCACCAAGUUGCAUGACUCUUUGAAGUUACAAGAUUCGUCCACUUUUGAUAGCAUAGCCAAGGAAGCUGGUGUUGAUACUGCUCUUUUCCAUAAAGAUUUUGAUUUCGUCGUUGAAAAAUUGUCCUCCCAACAUGUACCGAUUUACAACAUUACGGCAAUGAUGAAUAUGAAACCUUCAGAGAAUGUCACUUCGACGCCAACAUCGCCGCUCACAAAUCCAUGCCUGUUCUCUCUUGAAAAUGGGAACUUCCUGACCUUCAUGAAAAUUUCUGUUUGUGGAAAGAACAUCGCAGAUCUGUUUCUCUCAUGGAAGUCAUCCAUCACUAUUUAUCGAGGUGACCAAGCACGUCUUUUGAAAUCAACGGAAUGUGUCAAUGGCUACAAGAACAAUGAAGGGAAUUUUGAUUUGGAAGUUCCCUUUCUUAACAAUUUUUGGUCUGGCUACCUAACAUAUUUGAGCAACGGAUCACAAGCUUAUGAUGAUCUCAAGACCUUGCGCAUUGUUCAAGUUAUCUACGAUGGUGAUAAUGAAUCUACCUCCAGCAUUCAUGGAUUUUUUACUUACUCCUUCGAGGUAUCCAAUGAUGGCUCAGGUAUCGCAUCUGUCACGAAAUCGACUUUGAAGCGGUCGGAGGAAAGCCAUUCUGAAAUGGAUGAUAACGCUACUGUAUUAGCCUCUUCGUCGCCAGUGAAAACAUCCCCAUCAAGAUUCAACCUCUCCAUCGAUACAAACUUAGCUAACAGAAGCAUAUCUCCUGGGCCGUUGAGUGUUCCCACUUACGAUGCAAAUGUCUUGCAUAAGCAUAACCCAAACUACGCUCAAGCGCAAACGAGGCCCAUACUCUCACGGUUUAAGUCUAUGCCAGAUCAUGGGUAUAUGAAAUCACCAUUUGAAACAUACACUGAUGCGUGUUCUAAUUAUUCUACAAUGGGGCCUAUGAGCAAUCCACCUGCGGGUCAGGCUGGUUUAACUCAACCUCCAAAUACGGCUCCAAAUGUAGAGGUGCUUCAUACUCCACAAAGUAUGCAGUUUUCCCGUGCUUCUGCUGCAUCUGAAAUGGGACAAUAUCAUGUGGCGCCGGCCCCUCUCCAGUAUACAGCUUCGCCUGCACCCGUGGGGCCUCCUGGCGUCGGAUUUCCGCCCAAUCCCAACAUGGUUCCUCCUACCUGGCAAGCUGUUCAACAACAGAUGAUCCCGAUGCUUCCAGUCCAAGCUGCUUCCGCCCCCGCAUCACAAGUCCAUUUCCCUUUUGCACCCGAGGAGCCUAAUAAUACCAAGGACGCUGGCAGGACGACCAUCACAUUCGGUCCUAUACUUGAAUAUGACCCUUCGAAGGACCAAAGGAGCCAGGUGAAACGAACAAAGGGUAACCCAAGCAUGCACAAGUUCCAGCUGAAUCGCCAGAUUAUGUAUAAACCAAAGAAAUAA